UCCUGCACUUAUUUUCUUGCUUACAGGACCAUUUCCAUUGUCUCCAUCAACUUAUUAUUAUUAUAUACAUAGAAAGAUUGUUAUUUUGCUUUCAAUCAUUUAUCUCCCCUCUUAAACUACAUCCUUUUCCUUUUUUUUAUGCUUGAAAAUGAACUGGCAGCAUCUUUGCUUCCAUUGCAAGUUCUUAUAAAGCAAUCUUCUUCUCCUUUCACUUUUGGCUCAAGAAUAUAGCAAUAUUGGUUUUGUUUUGCUGAAUCAGGAAAAAUGGGAAGGCAACCUUGUUGUGAUAAGGUUGGACUAAAAAGAGGUCCAUGGACGAUUGAGGAAGAUCACAAGCUUAUGAACUUUAUUCUCAACAAUGGUAUCCAUUGCUGGCGUAUGGUUCCUAAGCUUGCAGGUUUGCUGCGAUGUGGAAAAAGCUGUAGAUUGCGUUGGAUUAAUUAUCUUAGGCCUGAUCUUAAAAGAGGCGGUUUUACAGAAGUGGAGGAGAAUCAGAUUAUUCAACUCCAUUCCCGUCUUGGCAAUAGGUGGUCUAAGAUUGCUUCGCAUUUUCCUGGUCGGACAGAUAAUGAAAUCAAGAACCACUGGAACACUAGAAUCAAGAGGAGAUUAAAGCAACUCGGAAUAGACCCUGUGACUCAUAAGUCUAUCGAGCAAGCAGAAAUAGAUAAAAUUAGUGUUAACGAUGAGACAAGUUCAAAGAUCAGUAAUUUGCCGCAGCUGGAAGAUCAAUCCAAGAACGAUGAUGAGAAAACAAGUGGGAAGAAAGAGUUGGUAUCAUCAAUGGAUGAAACCUGUGAUGAUGAUCUUUUGAAGAACUAUGAAAUGUUAUGUGGAAGUUUGGAUUUAGGGUCAUGGAUUAACCAACUAGAAACGAAUAACAACAACAACAACAACAAUAAUAAUAAUAUGUCUUAUAGUUCUUCAAUGUCUAUAGAAGAAUCAAAUAAUCCUUCCAUUGGAGAAUAUUCUUCUGUUCAAGAUGGUUGUUCAGUGGUACUACAACAAUGGGUUGAUAGUGUUGAUUCUAUUCUCUCUUGGGAUGACUUCAACCAUUUAGGUGAUGAUAUUUUCUCUCUUGGAAAAUAGAAAUGUCGUUCUGUUCUCAAUUUUGGGUUUUAAUUUAUUCCUAAAUGUUUCACUUUUACCAUUAAUUUAAGACACUGUAAUCAUCUUGAAUAUUCUAA